GCUCGCCGGGCCUGCCCACCCCCGCCACAGUCGCGCUGCGAGGCUCUGCCCGCUGUACUCAACAGCGGUGGGAGACGACCGCUUUUGCUUUGGCAGAAAAAUUCACUUAUGUACCUACACAUAAUAUCGCAUACUUCAGAGGCGACUUCCAGGACCUACUGAAGUUUAUCCUCUAGCAGCAGUCCAUGGACUCCAUGGACUCCAAGGAAAGAAUGCAGACAAUCAAAUGUGUGGUUGUAGGAGAUGGGGCUGUAGGUAAGACCUGCCUCCUCAUCAGUUACACAACAAAUGCCUUUCCUGAGGAGUAUAUCCCCACUGUCUUUGAUAACUAUAGUGCCCAGACGUCUGUGGAUGGCCAGAUCGUCAGCCUGAACCUGUGGGACACAGCUGGCCAAGAGGAGUAUGACCGACUGCGAACGCUAUCCUACCCCCAGACCAAUAUCUUUGUCAUUUGUUUUUCCAUUGGCAACCCAUCCUCGUAUGCCAAUGUGAGGCAUAAGUGGCACCCUGAGGUCUCCCAUCAUUGCCCCAAUGUGCCUGUUCUGCUGGUAGGUACCAAGAGAGACCUGCGGGAUGACAUUGAGACAGUGAAGAAGCUGAAGGAACAGAGCCUAGUGCCCACAACUCCUCAGCAAGGCACUUCCCUGGCUAAGCAGGUGGGGGCUGUGAAGUAUCUAGAAUGUUCAGCCCUGAUGCAGUAUGGGGUGCACGAGGUAUUUUCAGAAGCCGUCCGGGCUGUGCUCUACCCUGCCACAAAGAAGAACACCAAGAAGUGUGUCCUUUUAUAGCUUUUGGGGUGCUAUUUGGGGACUGCACCGAAGGGGGAAUAAGAGGGAUUCCUUUGAUAGCAUGGAACAAUGCAGCAUGAGCCAUUUGUUUCUUUUCCUAGAAACCCUAGACUCCAGGUUAUCGGGCUUUUGGAGGAACAAAGACAGCCUCGUUUGUACAUGGUUGCUGUGAAGUUUGGUCUGAACCUUUUGGAGGAAGUUUGGGGGGAGAGGGGGAGAGAGAGAGAGAGACUGACUUUUACCUCUGAACUAGCUUUCCUAGCUGUAUUACCAUUGAGCAAGUGCCUCACAGAAGGACAAGUUUCUACAGUUUCGAAAGCAUUGCCUUAAACUUUCUGAUACAGUAAUUUUGAAAAAUCAUUUUAUGUGUGACUCCUGGGUGUUCCCAGUGUCGACAUGUUCUUCCCAUUCUGGAGAUGGGACAUGUUUGCAAAAACGGUUAAGCAGCAUUUCUUGAAGUUCUGGAAGAUACUAAUUGAUGUUCCUUAACAAGGUUCUGUGGUCAAGUAAGUCAGGAACCAGUGGGAUUUUUUUUAAGUGUUUAUUUAAAUUCCAGUUAGUUAACAGACUAUGAUAUUAGUUUCAGGUGUACAAU